CCAUCCUCCUGCCCAUCCCGCCACUGCGCGCGCUGCCUUUACUCCGGUGUCUCCCGGAUGCGCUAUAUCCCGCCUUCCACGCCGUUGAAGGACUUGCUGCGAGUCUGAGCGCUCUGUUAGUCAAAGGGAAGACAAGCAGGCCAGAUUACCUGGGGAGGGAGCUGCAGAGUGUAGCAGAGGCUGCCCUGCACGCCCAGGAGUAGAAGUGGGAGGGAGGCAGAGUUCCUUGAGGGAGCGUGGAGUAAGUGAGCUUGGGUCCGACUCGAGCUCGGGCUCAGGGCCAAGACUGGUCUGCGAGGCCCCCGAGCUGGCGGUACACCCGGCUUGAGGAGGACAAACCCGACACAACGGGACAGACCGAGCAAGGCGACAUGGCCUCGCCAUUCCUGCCCACGGUGUCCACCAUGGGCGACGUCGGCGGAGAACUGAGCUCAGGGGACGACUCCGGUGAUGUCGAUGAAUCCCCCCAGAGCCCUGAGACCGAGGCAUCCAGGAGCCUGACAGAGCUGUUCGAGAAGGCUGCAGCGCACCUCCAAGGCCUGAUUCAGGUGGCCAGCAGGGAGCAGCUCCUGUACCUGUAUGCCAGAUACAAGCAGGUCAAAGUUGGAAAUUGCAAUACUCCUAAACCAAGCUUCUUUGAUUUUGAAGGAAAGCAAAAAUGGGAAGCAUGGAAAGCACUUGGUGAUUCAAGCCCCAGCCAAGCAAUGCAGGAGUAUAUCGCAGUAGUUAAAAAAUUAGAUCCAGGUUGGAAUCCUCAGAUACCAGUGAAGAAAGGAAAAGAAGCAAAUACUGGGUUUGGUGGGCCAGUUGUCAGUUCGCUUUAUCAUGAAGAAAUCAUCAGGGAAGAAGACAAAAAUAUAUUCGAUUACUGCAGGGAAAACAACAUUGGCCAUAUAACCAAAGCCAUCAAAUCAAAAAAUGUGGAUGUGAAUAUGAAAGAUGAAGAGGGCAGAGCUCUACUCCAUUGGGCAUGUGAUCGAGGACAUAAGGAAUUAGCCACAGUUUUGCUACAAUAUAGAGCUGACAUUAACUGUCAGUGUUUGGCUAUGACAAAUAAAGAGGCUGUGAACGUUCUUGAACAUUGACAUACGUACAGGUGUGUUUUCAUGUUUCAUUCCACCUAGGAGUGGAAUUCUGGGUCAUAUGGUAACUGUUUAACCUUUUUAGGAACUGUCUCCUGUUUUCCCAAGAGGCUACACCGUUUUACAUUACCACCUAUAAAGUUGCCAAUUUCUCCACAUCCUCACCAACACUUAUUAUGUCUUUUUGAUUAUAUCCAUUCUAGUGGAUAUGAAGUAAUAUCUUAUUGUGGUCUUGAUUUGCAUUUCCCCAUGGUUAAUGAUGUUGAGCACCUUUUCAUGUGCUCAUUGCCCAUUUCUAUAUGUGCUUUGGAGAAAUGUCUAUUCAGAUCCUGUGCCCACUCUUUAAAUUGGGUUGUCUUUUUAUUAUUGAGUUAUAUGAUUUGCAAAUAUUUCCUUCAAUUCUCUGGGUUGUCUUUUCACCUGUUUGAUAGUGUCUUUUGAUGUAGUGUUGAUGAAGAUCGUUUACCUAGUUUUUCUUUUAUUGCUUGUGUUUUUGGUGUCAUACUUUAAAAAACCAUUGCCAAAUCCAAGAUCAUGAAGAUUUAUGUCUGUGUUUUCUUCUAAGAGUUUUAUAGUUUUCCCUCUUACAUUUAGGUCUUUGAUCCAUUUUGAGCUGGUUUUGUAUAUGGUGUGAAAUAGGUGUCCAACUUUAUUCUUUUGCAUGUGGAUAUCUAGUUGUCUCAGCACCCUAGAGACUAUUUUUUCCUCCAUUGAAUUAUUGUGGCACCCUUGUCAAAAAUCAAUUGACCAUAAAUGUGAGGGUUUAUUUCUACACUCACAAUUCUGUUUCAUUCAUUAAUAUGUCUAUCCUUAUGCCAGUA